GUAUGGUAAACUAUGAAGUGCGCUAUAACUCCAAGUAGUUUAAGUGGUGUAAUAUAUAUUAUAGCAGUAGUUCAGCAGUGUGUGUUUUGUUGUGUUUGUGUUCAGGAGCUGGAGCUGUAUAAAGAGGAGCUGCUCAGCAAGCCGGCCAUUCUGGUGGUCAAUAAGAUGGACCUGCCUGAGGCUGGAGAGAAACUCGAUGAACUCAUGCAUCAACUGGACAACCAAGAGGACUUCCGUCACCUUAUCCCCGAGGACAUGGUCCCCAGUCAUUUCCCGACCUUCAGCCACACGGUUCCCGUCUCCGCCACCUCCGGCCUGGGCGUCGCCCACCUCCAGCAGCUCAUCCGCCAGUCGCUGGAGGAGCAGGAUGCCAAGGCCACCGAGCGCCAACGUCACGACAAGCUCCGCGAGCUGAGGAAGGCUGUGCCCCUGGCCCCCGGCCCCGCCAGCCCCGCCAGCCCUAAGUGGGGUCUGCCUUACCAGGCCUGAGUCACAGACAAGCCCUUGUUGUUUGAGGCCGUCUGGAGGCCGACUGGAGGCCGACUGAAAUCAGUCAGUCAGUCAUUGACUGAUUAUGACUCACAUCUGCCUGCCUGUGCCCUAAUCAGUCCCGUCAGGGUGUGUGGAGGGGGAAUGUCUGAUGCGAGAGUACUUGUCCUGCUGUGAGAAGCUUCUAGAACGUGUGUUGUUGCCCUUCAGAAGCAAACGUAGGAGAAGAUCAGCCAUGUUCAAUCAGUGUUGAGGUGAGCUGUAAUGUGCAGCUGGUAUAAACUGGUUGAAGUGUGUGUGUUUGUGUGUGUGUGUGUGUGUGUGUCUGUGUGUGUAUGAACUGGCGGAAGUCUGUCUUGUGUUUGGUGAUGCGUACAUUUGCUCACUAAACCAGUAAUAUUUUUUUCCGGUCCGCUUCAUAUUCUUCUCUGUUGUUAUGUAAUACCUCCGGCCUAUGUGCUACGUGUAUGUUAACCACAUACAUUCAUUUCCACAUUUCUACUGGUGUGUACAGAAACGUUGUAUAUCUAAAUCACCUCGAGUUCAUGU